CGGUUAAAUCUGGCAUAUAGACAGUUGACAGAAGUUGUGAAAGUUUUGUGUUAUUAUAAAAACAGAUGAGGUGAUUUAAUUGUGCUAAUUGUCAUUUGAAAAUAAAGGUAAAUCAGUGAGUCAAACGAUAAAGUUGGAUUUAAAAUAUAGUUGUCAAAAUUCGUGUGUUAUUUGUGUGAAACAACUCGUGUGAAAUAUGUUUUUCUUUAGUUGGAUUGAAGUGUAAACCGACAGAUUACGUCUUAAGAGAUGUGUUGAAUAUUGUGUAUUGCUAAUUGGCAAUUAGUGUAUUAAAGAUUUGUGGAUUUACGAAAAAAUGACUAUUUCAAGAUACAAAUGUUACAGAUAACACAUGCAUUGUCUGGUAGGAUGACAGACGGGGUCCAGCUCUGGCUAUAUUUAGGAUUUAUGCUGACAUUCUGUAGCGCUGAACUACUUAUUACUCGUCCCCCAAAGAACGCUACCGUCCUCCAAAACACGCGCUACCUGAUGCACUGUGAGGCUGCUGGAGAACCAAAACCACGCAUAAAGUGGUUUCACGAUGAGGAAGAGAUGCCGCGUGUUGGGAUCAACUACCGCAUCGGCAGCACGGGGACGCUUCGGUUCAGGGACGUGAAAGUGUCAGAUCGAGGAACGUAUCGGUGUCGAGUGGAGAGUGGGCGAGAAGUGUUGUACUCCGAUUCGGUGUUGCUCAUAGUCGAAGUUGAGGUGGAGAUCAUCCAGACAUGGCCUUCAUCGGGGAAACUGAUGGUUCCGGAGCUUGAGGACGUAAGGCUCACAUGCAAGGCUGGAGGGAUCCCCGCGCCAGCCAUUCAGUGGAGGAAAAAUGGCAUCUCUAUAAUUGAACCAAGGCUGCACAAAGUUCGAAUAGACGAAAAUUGGGAAGUGGUGGACACGAUCUUGGUCUCCGUUUUGAUAGCAGAAAAUAUGACGGAGACAAGCAAGUUUGAGUGUGAGGCUGUGAAUCAGAAUAUAGGGGGGGACACAGUCAGAUCCCGUACGUUUGAAGUCAUCGUCAUGCCGAACAAUGGUCAUUCUGGCAUUUGGCUGCUAGACACAAGCAAAAGCAGUGUGGGUUUGUGUGUCCCGUACAAUGGCACAAUAUGUUCGCAAUCUUUGGGAUCCUCAUAUGUUUUCCUGAACGGGAGCCAACCCAACGCGUUCGAACACCAGGAGCGUAUCGCCCACGAGCUUCUGGGCCAGAUUAUGAAAGUGUCGGCCACGCCCAUGCUGCAGGAGCGGUGUAAUGGGCACGCAGAGAACCUCAUCUGUAAUCACAUGUUCCCGCCCUGUGAACCCGGGUAUGGCGAGUUGGUGACCCCGGACUACAGCGCCACUCCAACGCCAAUAUGCAGAGAGAGUUGCAAAGCAGUAUCGGAGUUAUUGUGUUAUGUGCAGUGGUCAAACAUUGUGUACACGAGCUCGGACGCCCGUCUGCCCAUGUGUGACCGUCUCCCUUCAAAGUGGGACAGCAAGUGCACUGAGGCCAAGAUGUUUGACCGAGAUGAGACAGAAGUGACAGCCCAAUGUUACGAGGCCAGAGGUCGAUGGUACAAUGGCACAGUCAACGUUACCCGGUCUGGUAGACCGUGUCAGCGGUGGGAACUGGACACACCGCAGAAACACAAACGCAAACCUGACGUGUAUCGUGAGUUGGAAGGGGCAGAAAAUUAUUGUCGUAACCCAGGUGCGGAGGAAGUGUCACCAUGGUGCUACGUGGACCUGGACGUGCCUGGCCUCAGAUGGGAGCUUUGUGAUAUCCCUCAAUGUGGUGACAAGGGAAUUUCAGCGCGGAUAGACGAGGAUCAGCCUGUUUCAUGGCAAACCAUUGUAAUCAUCACCGUUGUCAGCGCCGUUGGAGUGUUCGUCUUCAUACUCGUUGGCGUACUUUGCUACCAUCUUGUCAUAAGCAAGCGGAAAAGCGUCAAGUACAAAAACACACCUCAAGACGACCUUGAGAUCGACAUUCAAAAACUUCCAGCGAACAUGUCGUACCAUGUGGUCGAAGAACCAGUCAGGAUGAAUCCAAAACUCGAGGCAUUUGAAUAUCCUAGAAAUGACAUAAUUUAUGUCAAGGAUAUAGGUCAAGGUGCAUUUGGGCGUGUGUUUAAGGCAAAGGCGCCAAAUUUGUGUAAAAAGGAUGAUGGUCUAAUUGCUGUUAAGAUGCUUAAGGAAGAUGCAUCAGACGAUCUGCAGACUGACUUUGAAAGAGAGGCAUCGUUAAUGGCGGAAUUUGACCACCCAAAUAUUGUUAAAUUUUUAGGGGUAUGUGCAAUCGGAAAACCAAUGUGUUUGUUAUUUGAGUAUAUGAGUAGAGGAGAUUUAAACGGUUAUUUGAGGAUGUGUAGUCCAGAAAUGUAUAUUAACUUUCGAAAAAGAAACUUGCAAUUUAUCGAAGGUGAAAUAGUGACUUUAGACAUUACAGACCAGUUGGACAUUUCUCGGCAGAUCGCUGCAGGAAUGGUUUACCUUUCUGAGAAGAAUUAUGUUCAUCGAGACUUGGCCACAAGAAACUGUCUAAUUACAGAUAAUCUCAUUGUAAAAAUCUCAGACUUUGGCUUAGCGCGAAGCGUGCAUAGAUUGGAGUAUUACAAGGGAAGUGAUAAUGACGCAAUACCGAUUCGUUGGAUGCCAUUAGAAUCUAUACUUUAUAACAAAUUUUCGGUAGAAUCAGACGUGUGGUCUUAUGGUGUUAUUCUCUGGGAAAUAUUCUCCUUCGCACUUCAGCCGUACUACGGAAUGACGCACGAGGAAGUGGUUGAAUACCUCAAAGAGGGCAAGAACCUCGUGUGUCCAGAACACACGCCUAACCAAGUGUACGAGCUCAUGUUAAAGUGCUGGAGUAGAAAACCGUUUAGUCGUCCAAAGUUUCAAAUGUUGUUCAAUGCAGUUAGUGCUUUACAUGAUGAAUUGACUAGAAAACGAACAAAAGAUUCUACUAUCGUUUGAAACUUGUGCAGUAUUUAUUGUCAGAUUGGUGUACGCCACCUUUUAAGCAUUGAUUUGUCUCAGAUUUUAUUUAAUUAUCUAAUGAUUUAAUGGACCAAGUUGACCAAGUGUGCUUAUUGUAUAAUUUGAGGUAGUCUUUGAGGGACUCUCCCACAGAUAUAGUAUUUGCGUAGAAAUGUUUCAAAAUCCGUUAAAGAUGAAUUUAGUCAUUUGUCAUUUUAUUAAUUUAUUAUAUCGUCUGUUUUUCUAUAAAAAGAAAGUCUGAGUAUUUUGUGUUAUCUUGGUUUUGUUGGUGUCAAAACUCGACCUUGGCCGUAUUAAAAAACCUGUCAACAUAUUCAAAUGAAACUUGCAAGAGACUAUAGGCACAUUAAUUGCAAGGGCCAUAACUCUGAUGUCAAUAUUUGUUGAAUUCAAGUGAAGAAAACGACAACACAAUUAUAAACAUUGACAAUUAAUUGCUCUACGCCUUUGGGCAACAUAAAAAAAAUUCUGCCACAUUUUCAAACUAUGAAAUUUUAUUAAAAUCCUUGAUUUAAAUUCAGGAUGACCAUUUACAAUAAUGUUAGCUCACAUUACUCACGAAAUUGAAUUUUUCAAUGUCUGGCCUUGAAAAUACAUCGGAGAGUCCCUUUAAGAAUUUAUAUAAUUUCAAUCAUCUACAUCUGUCAUUGAUAAAUUAUUGAACUAUCAUUCGGUUGCAUGUAGUUAGAUAGGAACAAAUGAUAUAUGUAUAUGCCGUUACAAAAAAUAGAUCUGAUUGUUUAUAUAUUAUACAUGUAUGUAUAGUAAGAAAGAUGGUUUUUUAACUUUGAGAAGCAGGUUUAAUAUAAUUAAAUGAAUUUGAAAUAAAAAAAUUAAUGAAAUAUACUGUGGUUUAACUGAUUGUGCUGAAAAUAAAUCUAGCAUUGGCAGAUGGCAUUAUUGUUGAAAAGCAAGGCCUCAAUUAAUGAAUAGUUUAUUUGGCAUUUCUUUACCCAAUUUUUAAAGUGUGGGUAGGUCCAUGUAGGUCAAUUUUGUAUUUUUACUUCCUAGGUCCAAAGUGAAAAAUAAAAAAAAUGACCUCUGAAGAGGCUUAAAAAACUAUUUGGGUCCACCAGUGUUUUGGUGAGUCCGUUGGGAAAAACUGAACAAAAAUAUGUAUUAUUGAUAUAUGCUAAUUUUGGAACUGGAAGUAGAUCAUUUAUUUCAUGUAUUUAUUUUCAUAACCAAUCAUAGUGCUCAAUAUGGAUCAUAUACAUGUAUGAUAGUUUUGAAUGUUUAUCCCAUAAUUAAAUAUCUUUCUUUGAAAACAUUCAGAAUUAGUUUGUGUAGAUUUAUUGAAUCUGACCCACAAUUAAGAUAGUUCUCUGAUAGCUCCAGAUUAAUUGACCUUAAUGUUCAUUUUUACACCCAUACAAUUUGGGGUUUUGUUUAAAGGGUAUUUGCUUGUAAAAUAAAUGCCUGAAAAUACAUCGUACAUAAAGUUAUUACAGUUUGUAUAUUUUUGCUGUUUAUUUCAACAGAAACUGGAUGUGAAAUGUCCUAUUUCUGCACAUAUACCCUUUCUGAUGGGACCAAAAUAGCAUGUGGUCACCAGGCAGCCAAAUUUCACACUUUGUGUAUCCGAUACCUUAAAUAUUUUAAAUAUUAAAAGAAUAAGUAUCAAAUGCUAUGGUAUGUAUUUGUACAUUUUUUCUUCUCCUGUGCCAAUUAAACUUUAUCAAUAUCUUGUGCCCAUUAAAUGCCACAAUCUAUUGUGCCCCUUAAACUUCAACAAUCGAUUGUGCCCAUAAAACUUCAACAAUAUUUUGUGCCCAUUAAAUGUAACAAUCUAUUGUGCCCAUUAAACUCCAGCAAGCUCUUGUGCCCAUUAAACUGUAACAAUCUUAUGUGGCCAUUAAACUGCUACAAUCUUCAGUGCCCAUUAAACUGUAACAAUCGAUUGUGGCCAUUAAACUGUAACAAUCUUAUGUGGCCAUUAAACUGUAACAAUCUUAUGUGGCCAUUAAACUGUAACAAUCUUAUGUGGCCAUUAAACUGCUACAAUCUUCAGUGCCCAUUAAACUGCUACAAUCUUCAGUGCCCAUUAAACUGUAACAAUCUUCAGUGCCCAUUAAACUGUAACAAUCUUAUGUGGCCAUUAAACUGUAACAAUCUUAUGUGGCCAUUAAACUGUAACAAUCUUAUGUGGCCAUUAAACUGUAACAAUCUUAUGUGGCCAUUAAACUGUAACAAUCUUAUGUGGCCAUUAAACUGUAACAAUCUUAUGUGGCCAUUAAACUGCUACAAUCUUCAGUGCCCAUUAAACUUUAACAAUCUAUUGUGCCCGUUCAACUCCAACAGUAUCCUGUGACCAUUAAACUGCAACAAUCUUAUGUGCCCAUUAAACUGCAACAAUCCAUGAUAUGUAACAAAUAUAAUGAUUUAUUAGUGGUUGACAUUUCAUUUCCUUUUUCUUAAUCAAAGAAUAUAUCCCAACUGGUAUGUUUGACACAAUUUCAAGAUUUGAUUAUUCAUAAGCAAAAUACAUGCCGCCCCAGUACCUAUGGUUGUUUAUAAAUGUUAAGGGACCCAGGUCCCUUCUUUGGGCGGAACAUGCAGUAAAUUACACAAGUGUUUGACAGAAAGGUCUGGCAUGUGUCUAUAGAUGAAAUAUAAUGUUAUAACGUGACAUGUAAAAGAACUUCCUGCUAUUUUUCCUUUCUAUCAUUUGGGUGAGAUCUUUAGGCCUUUUACCAAUGUGAAAAAACUUAUUAAUUAUGCCUAAUUUAUACUUUUUACCGAGUGAAUGUUCUUGAAUCCAAAUUAAUAUAUUUAAGCUAUUUUCCCCCAGAAAUUGAGGUGUUAGAGUUUUAAAAAUUUGGUAUAGAGAAAAGCCAGGGCUUGUAUUUAUGAAACAUCUAAAAUGUAUCCUAACUCGAGAAGAUUUCCUAGAAGUGUCAUAGUAUUAAAGAAAAAUAUUUUAAGAGUUUUUAACAUAAAAUAAUUGUGUGUUUUUUUCAAUAAAAUUGAUGAAAAUAAAGUAUUUAAGAAAAUUAUUAAGUUAUUAAUAUAUCAUAAGACAAGGGAGAUGACGGUACUUUUAUUUGGAAAUUGGAAAGUAACUUCAGUCAGAAAAUCACAAAUCUAAUGUCAUUGCUAUGAAAAGUUAUUCCUCACAUUUAAAUAUAUUUUACAUUUCAAAUGAUAAAUUAUCAUUUACGAUUAACAGGUUUUUAUAGAACUAAAAAAAAGGCUAUGAACAUUUUUUCACCAAAAAAAAUUCUUAUUUUGUUUAAAAUUUUGUGGUUAAUACUAUUUUAAAGCACACUUGUGAUGCUAUUAAACAGAUAGUUGUAGAUAAAUCUGAGUGGAAAACUUAAGUAAGGCAUGUAUGAGGAAGUUCUCGAACAAAAUGUAUCUGUGUUUCACUUCAAGACUUCAAAACCCGGCCUGGGGGAUCUGAUACCAUCUAAAUUAUGUACCUCACUCCUUGUAAAUAAUUCCGCAGAAUAAAAUAUCAGAUUGAAAUUCAUGAUGCCUGACUUAAUGCCAGGAUUAAAGGACAAAUGUCGGAGUUUAUGGGGCUAGAAGAUCCGGAUAUGAGUCUGCCAUCCCUGCCGUCUUUCUAUGAAGAUACAUGGGGGAUUUGAACUAGAUAAUCAUUGAAGAUUAAAAGAUGGUAAUGUUUGGCUAAUAUUGUGUAGGAAAUCUGGAAAAUAUAUCCUUUAGGUGAAUUUAAAUUGAUUGCUAGAUUUUCAUCCCUGACUCCCAGGCCUCUUUUUCCGCUGCCCCUCAAAUUUUAUCAAAUAAAAAUGUUGAACUAGGGUCUGCAUUUGCGUAUCAGUCCGGCACUGUCCGGGAAUGACGUUUAAUCAUACCUACAGUGUCGAUGUAAACAUGUUACAAUGGUGUUCCUGGUUUGUCUAGAAACAUGUAUAUGGUCCCUAAUGCAAUAAGAAAGGGCAUGAACACAUUAUAUUGGUGAAAGUCAUCUAAGAAAAUAAUAAAAUGUUGAUCCGCCCCCAUAUAAAAUAAAAUUGUUGAAAAUCUAGCAAUUCAUUUAUAUUUGCCUUACCAACGACACAAAGGCCAAUGUUCUAUCAUGAGAUUUUUUUAAAAGACACCCAAUUGAUUACAGUUAUUAGUCUGCCAUCUUUCUAAGAAGAUACAUGGGGAUUUGAACUAGGAAAUCAAAGAUUAAAGAUGGUACUGAUAAAAUAAGGUUUGGCUAAUAUUUUGUAGAAAGCUGGAAACUAUAUCCUUUAGCAAUGACACAUUAAGCUAAUAUUCCAUCAUGAGUAAAUGAAGCGGAUGGGAUAAGGAUCAGAUAAGGACAGAUAACCCUCAAUUUUUGAUAAACCUCUGGGGAGUUAUGAUAACUUUAUCAUUUCUUGGUACUCAGAAAUAAUAUUAGCUCUCAUAAACGGAGUCAUCCUCAAAGCAUGGCUUAUUCUAAAUUCUGAUGAGAACUUUUUUAUCGUGGCAUCCUCUUCGUGAUUGAUAAGAAAAUAAGUUGAUGAGUUUUCAUUUAACCAAGGACCAAACCCUGAAUACUGAUGUAUUUAUAAAUUAAUUCAUCAAACAACUUUGCAUUAAGUCUCAUUAUGAAAUUGAAUAACAAUUUUUUAAACUUUUAAUUGAUGGCUCUUGCUUGCAGAAUCUUUUUGAAUGAGUAGAAAGCGGUAUUAUAAAUUACAAACUUUGGAGAGAUAUUUUUAAAAAGAUUUUUUAGGGGUUUUACUGUAUCUGAAAUUUGAAAAUCAGGUGAUGAAGAAGUUGGUUAAUUCUUUGUCUAUAAAUCUUAAAUAUUAUGAACAUCCUUGCUAUCGAAACACAAUCAAGUUUGAAACAGGAAAUUCAGGAAAUAUUAUCUUUCAUGUCAGUUAAAAAUUGUAUGUUUUAAUUUCGCGAUGGCCUUCUUUUUAGAUUUUUUCAGUUUUGGCAAAUUUUUCUUGAGGUUUAAAGUUUGUGACACCAUAUUUCAUUGUCAAAAUGCAAUGAUAAAAGAUCGUGGCCAUGUUGAUAAGCCAAAAAAUCGUGAAGAUCAAAUUCUCAGAAAAAUUACAAAUAUCAUGAAGAAACAAGAAUUGUGAGUCUUUUAUAGUCAUUUGUUCAUUAAUGCUGCGAUCUGAAAAUUACUCGUAAGAUUGCGAUCAGAAACAUCUGCAUUAACGGUACAUCAAGCCAAAAAAAAUAUAAGAAGUUAAGUAAUGUAAUUUAAGAAUAUAACCGAACAUUAAACACCUUUUUCUGGACCCCCACUGGCUCCGUAUGAUUUUUAGAUAAUUUCUAGAGACACAUGUCUCAGAAGUUGAUAUUUCAUUUAAAAGAUAAGAAAAAUACACCACCAUAGCAGAUGCUUGUGUAAGAUAAAAUGCAAUAGCAGUAAUGAUAAGACUAGUAAAUUUUUCUAGAUGAAAGAACAUUAUUUAUUCGGAGAAAAAUACCGAGAUUUGCAAAAAAUCUUGUAAAUAUUUUAGAUACUUGCUAAUGCUCACGAAGUUAAUGUGAUUUGUCAGUAUCGUGAUGAAAUAAUUUUGCUAUCAUUUUAAAGUUGCAAUCUCACAGAUUGACAGUUUUGACAUUUGUUUUAAUUUUUGUCUCAGAAACUACUGAUUUUUGCAUCGAUGCCUUCAUAUAAGAUAACAUCAAUAGAACAGAUCUCAAUUGUCUGGAAUACUUCAGAAAAUUUCCAUUUUUCUGAAUGCGUUAGUAAUGCUUUUAGAAAUAAAACAUCAAUUUUGAAACAGAAAUAUGACAAACUUUGAUCUGUUCUUGUCAGUAGUCUUGUAUCCCUGUUUUCCAGACAUUUGCACAAAAAUUGAAUCAUUGCAGACAAAAAAUAAAAAAAAAGUUGUCAAAAAUGUCGAUCUGUGAGAGUGCAGCUUUUAACCCAACUUGCUGUUUUAUUUAUAAAUGUUCACGAUUUUUUGAGGCAGCAAGUGCUGAUUACUUGUACACGUGUUUUACGUUCAUCGUAACAUCUUUUAUAUUUAUUAUAUAGGAUGUAUUUGUACUUAUACAUUUUAUAAUGAAUGUAGAUAGUAUGAUGUGUGAGUGUCCAAAGAUUUUUCUUAUAUCAAGCUGACCAGAAAAUUACUUUAAACAAUAUACUUAGGAUGCCUUUAAAUAUAUUUUGUCAGAAAAAAAAUUAACACAGCAGUUUCAUACAUUAAAAACUCGCUAUGUCAAAGUCAUUGGGAACUUGGACCAUUGGGAACACAUUCGAAAAAGGUUUGACAUAAACACAACGUCGGGAUAACAGAGUUUGACAUAGCGAGUUUUGACUGUAUCUUAUUUUGAACCUUGAUUCCUUGAGCCCUUUUGUCUGAUAUAUGAAAUCAGAAUGUAAAUUCAUUGUAUUAAAGUUUUGGCAAUCAUAAUUCAUCAUUUGUUACAUGUUUAAAAAGAAAAACCAUUUAAUGCAAUUUUAAUUUAUAUUCUUAGACCUUAGCAAUACAAUUACACCAUAAGUUUUUGAAGUUAAUAAUCUGUCUUUAAACUACGGAGACAGAAUUUUAAUGUGUAUUAUUUUGAUCUUGUCCAUUUUUUGCAGAACUUUUUUUCAAAGUAAUGUGAUAGCCAAAGUGUCAAUUUCGGCGUUGUGCAAAAUUUAAACCCUUACUCAUAAAGUGUUCAAAUUAUUUGAAUGAAAUUUGGUAUACAUGUUGUCAGAGACAACACACACAUGUUUAGCAAGGCCAAUAACUCUAGUUUUAUUGAUUGUUAAAAUAUGGCUCAAAAUCCACUGAAAAAAAUAAAUGAGCGUUUACGUUCCCUCUCUUGUUUUUGGAUUAAAUGAAAUCUGCAUUAAUUUUUUAUUGCAUGAAGUUAAGGAUGAAAAUUGUUCAUUUUUAAGAAUCCUUUGAAAGUCA